AGUUGAGAUCUAAUUAAAAUGAUGUCUAAUUCCCUUUAUUUGCAAAACCCCUGUUCCUUUCGUAGUACAGUAGGGUUUAUCGAAACGCAAAAGUUGAAGACUGGAAAGAUCCCAUGGCUACUGCUAUUUGGAGAAACGCAUCUCGUUUACGAAGCUUUAAUCGGUGUCUUUAUGCCCGCAGUCUGAGCCAAUUCAGAUCCUCCAUUCCAUCUUCAACCAUAACCCCCCACUCUCUUUGCGCUCCAUCUCUCCCUUCCUUCCCUCCGGUUAUUCCUGUUGGAGCUGAAUUCAAAUCCUUGGGAAUUUAUGGAAGGUUUUUAUCUAAUUCCACCGCAACUCCUACCGAAAAUCAAGAGAAAUCGUCUUCGUCAUCGAAAACCAAUUCUGAAGAGACCCAAAACACUGGAGGUUCGCAGCAGAGCAGUGGUAGUGAAGGCAAGCCUGUUCGCGGCGGGCCUGUUUCAUGGUUGAGUUUUCUUUUGCUGCUUGCCACUGGAAUCGGUAUUAUUUUUUACUACGACAAUCUAAAGAAAAGACAUAUUGAAGAAAUUAGUAAUGCUUCAAAGGCUGUGAAAGAAGGACCAUCAGCUGGAAAAGCAGCCAUCGGGGGUCCAUUUAGUCUUGUAAAUCAUGACGGUAAACGUGUUACUGAGAAAGACUUUAAGGGGAAGUGGACUUUGGUUUAUUUUGGCUUCACUCACUGUCCAGAUAUCUGCCCAGAUGAGCUGCUAAAGCUAGCUGCUGCUAUUGACAAAAUAAAGGAAAAGGCUGGAAUAGACAUUGUGCCCGUAUUUAUCUCUGUUGAUCCUGAAAGAGAUACUGUUGAGCAAGUACGUGAAUAUGUGAAAGAGUUUCAUCCAAAAUUAGUAGGUUUAACUGGUACACCGGACGAGAUAAAGAAAGUUGCUCGUGCAUAUCGAGUUUAUUAUAUGAAGACGGCAGAGGAAGAUACAGAUUACCUUGUUGAUCAUUCCAUAGUCAUGUACUUGAUGGACCCAAAAAUGGAAUUUGUGAAGUUUUUCGGGAAGAAUAAUGAUGUCAAUUCACUAACCAACGGUGUAAUCAAAGAGAUAAGUCAACAAAAAAAAUAGAGAUGGUUCUUUUUUGAGCUAUAAGGUUCUGGUUUGUUUGAUUUGGAUUAUCCAUUCCUCGGCACGGAGACUAACAAUUUUUCUCUAGUUUUCACCUGAAAAGAAUACAUGAUUUAUAUUUAUGUUUAAAGAAUUUUAUGCUGGAAAGCUUGAGCUCAAUAGAUUGCAAUUGUACUUGAAAAUAAAUGCUUAUUUGCAUGUAUGAGAUUGAUUUUGAUACAAAAUUAUAUUUAUAUGUGCACAUAA